AGAAGAAUCCUGGUGGCGGAACCUUUUCUACCGUCCUUGUUUCACUCCGCCACAUGAAGCUUACGGAACGUAUCGUGUGCACGACGUUAUGGUGGAAAUGAAUGGCUUCGAAUCGUGUUGAUGUUCACAAACAGGCGCCCCUAACUUCGCCAUGUUUUAGUAAAGCGACAGAUUAGAGAUGGAGUGUGACAUCUUGGACUCAUUGGAGCAGCUCGGUUAUGACGGUCCUCUGCUGGAGGAGAAGGCGCUGGUUGGAGCCGCAGAGGGAGGCCUUUCCUCACGGGAUUAUGUGGACCUCUGUCGGUGGUUGACAUCUAGACUGAAGCUCCUGUGUGGUCUGGAGGAAAGCAUUACAUCUGGAGCAGAUGACUUGGACAGCCUGCGGGUGGAGAUGAGUGGUUUGCUGAAGGAGCUGCAGUGUCCCUUUGAAGGAGCGGUUUCUGGUGUUCUCCGGGGAAGCACGCUGACUACAAAAGACCAUCUGAAAAUUAUCUUGUUUUUGAGCUCUGACCUUCAGGCGGCUAUAAUUGUGAGCGGCGGGCGAGGCUGUGAUAAUCACCAGGUUGAGAGUCUGGGUCAGCAGGAGCUUUCAGCAAUCUGCAAAACACUGAAGCUACUGGAGCCUGCAGGAAAAGGGGUAGCAGAGGUUUUUUCUCAACUACAAAACAAGGUGGAAAAUUUGCUUCAAGAUCUUCCUAAUGGCUCCGUUGGAAAGCCAGUGCUGAAGAAGGCUCUCAGCAGUGACCAGUGGGAGAAGCUACAUGACAUCAACAAGGUUCUGUCGUCGGAGUACGAAUGCCGCCGCCGGAUGCUCAUCAAGCGGCUGGACGUCACUGUCCAGUCCUUCGGCUGGUCGGACAGAGCCAAGGUGAAGGUGGACAGCAUGGCCAGAGCCUACCAGCCCAAGAGGCACGCUCUGCAGCCUCAGCCCUCAGUGGACAUGGCUGAGCUUCUGGCUGCCAGGGAGGACAUCUGCAACGUGGUGAAGACCAGCAGCGGUUCUAGCCGGGAGAAGACUGUUUGUGCUGUCAACAAGGUGUUGAUGGGAAGAGUACCGGACCGAGGUGGACGCCCCUCUGAGAUAGAACCCCCGCCACCAGAGAUGCCCCCUUGGCAGAAGAGGCAAGAUGGAGGAGGAAGGGGAGGGCACAGUGGUGGAGGAGGGCGAGGAGGAGGCAGCUGGGGUCAAGGAGGCAGAGGAGGCGGUGGAGGUUGGAAGGGAGGCGGAUGGAACCAAGGAGGACAAAACAGACAUGGAGAUUAUGGAGGACAUGGAGGGAAGAGAGGACGAUACCAGUAUUAACCUGUGCAGUCAAGCCUCAUGUAGUUUUCUACACAAGAUUAUGUAUAGAAACAUUAAUUUUCAGACUAGAUGGACUCAAUUUUGGACUAGAGGUUUGGACACUAUGGCUGUGUCCGAACGUCGGUUCUAACCCCUACAUCCCUCCAUCACUAUAUAGACUAUAUAGUGGACAUUAUAGGGAACUCAGCUAACUGACCGUUUGGACAGAUGAUCGCUGCUUUUUGCUCCUCGUUGUUCACGUGACUCCUCCUCCCUGCAUGUUGUUGUUUCUGCUGUGACAACAAACCCCAUAAUGCUUUGCGAGGAAAGCGCUCCUCGCAAAGCAAUCCAGGAUAAAUCUGCUCGUCUAGUGACAAAGGAUGAUCACUGCUUUUCAAGGUGCAUUGUGGUAAAUUUUGAAUCCACUUCUUUUUCAUCCACUAGACUUUCGGACACUUAUCUAAAAUGGCGUAACACUAUAUAGUUUCCUAUAUAGUGAUUAGGGCGAAUGUUCGGACACAGCCUAUCAGUUCAAUAUGAGCUGAGCUCAAUUUUUAUCCACUGGAGGAAAACUCUCCUCUGAUGGCAGAUGAGGAAACCUUCCCUUCGCCUUGAUUUUAUGGUUUCAUUUUUUUCAAACCGGAGUGUUUUUUAUUAGCUUUUUAUUUAUGCUUUAAGGACAAAUCUGUGGUCGUUACGAGAUUCCUGAUGAGAAACAGUGUGGAAGGUUGACUUUUAACAGCAGCAGGUUAAAAGUUUAGUGACUUGGUGCUUUAGAGAUACACUUUUGUCCUCUUUCAUGCUGCAAGACUAAGAUGUUAAUUGUUUUACUUUAAAGGAAAACAAUUUGACGAUUUAAACUGUGAGAGCCUGAGGUGUUAUAGAAGCAUAAUCAGUAGUGCUGGUUAAAAGGAUGCAGAAACUCAUCAUAACCUAAGAUUUAUAUAGGGUUAGGCUUUUAAAGAUGCACAUGAACCACAAUCUAUAUAAAAAAAAAUAAAAAAAAACUUAUCAUAAUUAGUUGUAGAAGUUUGAAAUUACUGCAGAUUUUCUCUGUCCCGUAGUUCCAUACAGGCCAUGAAUAUGUUUUUACACCCCCUUUAUUAUUUGUUUAUACAUCUUGGCAAUUAAAUUCCACCCUUAAAGUUUUUAUGAACAUCAA